CCGCAUCUUCCUUAUAGUACACACCACACCACCAUCACACCAAAUUCGGUUGAACUGAUACUCUGUCUGAGAAAGAGAAAAAAAAAUACAACGAAACUAGUCUUAUUGCUACUAGGCAGAUCUGCAAAAACCUCCUCCAACAACCAAAGCAAAAAAGCAAACGGCAUGGAAUGUGUUCACAGUAAAUUGCUUCGGAAUGAAGGCAAAACCGUGCAGCAAUAUGUUACGCGUAUCAUACAGUGUUUAAGUUUUCGUAUAAUUCUCCUUAAGCGUUAGGUUAAUCGAGGUAAGCAAACGCGACUUAGUACUAAGGAAAUACCCUUAAAGGUUACAUCGAGUGAAUUAUCGUUAAGUUGUAUUGAUUGUUGUAAUCGAAGCAAAUCGAAUUUCGUAACGUUAAGUGCUAAGUAUACAAGGAAAAAAAAGCUGAUGUUAAAUGUCGUCGUAGAUAAGAGCGCCAUAAUGAAUUGUAAUAAAUUGUCAAUCUUUCCCGGUUUUCUUUUAUGUUAUUGAUUUGUUAAACAGUUUACGGCUAACUCACUCUAGUUGCUUUAGAAACGGUGCAGCAACUGCCUGCAAAGAAGAGCAUAACGCUUUGAUUGACGCUUACCUCUAACUUCUAUCCUAUGGCACUGCUUGCAAAAACAAAAACCAAUAACGAGAGAAUGCUUCACACUCGCAUUAACGCGAACUCCACACAAGCACUUCAAAGCGCAUCUUCUGUCUGAUGAUCAUACUGGGGAGUUGCAUUCGGGAGCUCGUUGCAACUUCAAACUUUCCUCCCCAGAAAUGCCGUACAUUAAAGUCCGCUUCGCCGAAUCCAGGCGGUGUGCAAUGUGUGUCCGGAACCGAGAUUUACUUCAUUUCUUAAGGAUAUUACCAGGAAUCCUCGUUAAACGUCACUUCAACCGAGGUGACGUUUCGAAACGUCAAAAGCAAGUCAAGUGGUGCACUCCACUUUGAUCCCUCCCCCGGGGGGCGGGGCCUCAUCCUUUUUGGUUUUCGCCCCGAAAACGUCAAACAGUGAACACACACACACACACACGUUGGGCACCGUGCUGGAUGCUUUGAUGAAGUGUUUGGGAGCCGUUCAGCUGGAGACUUCUCGACUCUGCCAAAUGUUUACCAUCGGAACCAGCGGAUCUUACUUCUUCCUGCAGAUAUGUGAGUCCUUGUGUCCGUGUGGUAAUUCCUUCCUCCUCCUUCCUCCCCUUUCUCUCUCUCACUCUCUCUCUCUCCUCGAUUGUCCUACCCGGGCGGGUAGGUUUAUCCAGUCGACUCCAGAACCGAACGCUUCCGAACGCAUCAAAGUGUGAGGUGAAGCGUACUUUGAUGUCACAUAUCCUUUUCCCGAACUAACGAAGAAGAAGAAGAAAAAAAAUUCAAACACCAUCGAACAACACCCGUGUUUAAGUGUGGCGUGGAAGAAAAUGGACGAAAGUUGAUUGUAAAAACCAGGCUUUCGUUCAUUUUGCUUCCUCACUUGCUCAUCACUUACAGAAAUCGGCGUAAAUUGGAACCUUUAAACGGAACGGUUCUUGUGGAUUGAAGUGGCCAAGUAAAUAAAAGCGUACCGUACAUGCUGUGUGCUGUAACUUGAUAGGAUUGAAGGGCCUGUGUAAGCAGUCUGUCGGAGCAGUAAUAAAGGGAGAGGACAUGUUCCUGUGCAGAAAAGAACGAAGAAAGAGACGAUUAAUUGAUUGUGAGGAACAACAUGACACAACAUGAUAGCAAGAGCAAAAAAAACAGGAUAAAAAUUAAAGGAAAAGAAACAAAAUUGAUACAAAUGAUAACAAAAUAGCGAGCGAUAAAUUACAGCGUAAUGAAAACAGUUUAAUUGUUGACGGAAACUCGAUUCAUUUCUCGUUCACCUUUCAUUUGUAGCUAGGAUAGUAUUGAAGUAGCAACCAAGUGAUCAUAGGUCCCCUUCACGGGUGGAACUUUAGAUUUUAAGACCUUUACGUUAACUGAGCACGAAUGAGGUUCGAAAUUGAGUUUUUUCCAAGUCAAAUAAAAAAACCAAGCAGAGUUAGGUUAGAGAUAGAAUUUGUAGGGAAGAAUAGCAGAAAGAAAGCAACAAAAACAGAAGAAGAACAUUAGUUGUGAUCUCUCCCACUCCCAAGAAGAAUUUAUCAACAUUUAAUGUGUACAGGAAUGUGUAAUAACAGGCAGGUAUGGCGUGUAACGUGUGUAAAUGUGGUUGAGAUUUGUUAGGUGGUUCAAUAUUUGCGUUUUAUGGCCGAUGCGAUCCGGUUAUCCGAUAAGCUAGAUAGGGAUAGAUUUGCGAAACGUAACUUGUCGAAGAUGUUUUGGUUCACUUUGAAGCUGCAUUUCGUAACCAGAAGGCAUGCGGAAACAAAUUAAACAAACAAACAAAACAACGGUAUCGAACAUGAUAACAAUUGCUUAGUGUGUGAGGUUGGAAAAAAAUAAGAGGAAACGAGUUAAGAAAACCCAAACCGCCACAACCACAACAAACUAUGUGAAUCUAAGUGGUAGAAUAGUGUUCUCUCUUCCCCUCUUGUACACAAAUCAUAUUUAGAGAGCGCGAGAGAAAAAGAAAAAGAGAAGAAGUUGAAUGUAAUGAGUGUGCGUGUGUGAUUGUAAUAAUAUUCACAAAACAAAAAAACUAAUUCGACCGUUAUACGAUCAAAACUUAUUCAUAUAACUACAAACUAAACAAGAAAAGAUCAACAAAAAAAAAAAACAAAACCCUUCAAGUGUUGUGAACAACAGAUUAUAUUCAAAAAUCAUAGAAAUGCAAUACAAUUAGUGAUUUAGUGAACAAGACAGAGAGAUAGAGAGAUAGAGAGAGAGUAUAUGGUAUGUGUUUGUGAAGCAAAGGGCAGGGGAAACGGUGAACCCGAUCAACUCAUUUAUACAAAUCAUUAGCGUCGUAAAAUUUUUAUAGAUUGAAGAAUUUCAGGAAUUAUAAUCGAUGUUGUGUGUAUGGUAGAGCUAUAGAGAGACUAUGAAAAAAAAUAUGGAAAUGGAUAGAAAAAAGCAAAGUAAACAAUCAGAAUGGGGUUUGGCAAAAGUCCAAAACCAAGAAAAGCUUAAGGACAUUAUUUUGGUAACUCAUCGUUAGAGUGCGACAGGAAGAAAAAUGCGAAUUUUGUUGGCAUAAAAAUCCCAUAAUGGUUAACAGGGAAGAUGGGUGGCCCAGUGGGUACUCCACCGGUAUUCAGUUCCGGGGUUCAAAUCCUAUUAAGUCUAGUAAGCAAGAAAAGGCAGCCAUUACCUUAAGAGGUUGUAGAGCCAAGAACGACUAAAAGAAGUUAACACAAAUACUCUUUAAGCGUCUCAUUGUUAUCAGUAACAUUUGCAAGACGACAAAAAAUGCUCUGACUCGUGUUUUAAAAGCAGUCCUCAGAUAUUGCUUGCUUCGUGCGUGCUUUAAAAGGACGCGAGGGUCUUCACAGCAGGAUAAGAAUAUUUGUAGGGGAAAUUGCUUCAUGUUUUGACAUCAACUUUCAUGGUGCUUGAUGUCUGAGAUGAUGCUUAAUACUAUUGCAGGACAACGCAUUGACCUUCAACGAAAUUGGGCCUCUUCCGAAACCGAAACUCUUCUUAACCCUGAUACUUAUUCGCAUACGUAUAGUCUCUGUAUGUAAUAUCAGUUUAAUUGAAAACUAAAGCCAAACAGAUCAUCUUGAAUCUUAACUUACCCUUCUUAGAAAGUCUGAAAAAAGCAAUCUGCACAGCUAUUAAGUAUAGCAUCAGAAUUGAGCAGCUUUUCGUUGGAGAACAAGGUUAAUGGAUAUUUCAGAUAUUUAGGGUUUCCUUGAAUGGUUUCCUGAUGGAUCGCACCAAUAUUGAAAGCGAGCCUGGACCUUUUGGUCCUUGGACCUUCGGGACCUCUUUCAUCCGAUACGCGGUGGUCUAGACAUCUUACACGCUAGGUGAUCUGAAGAUGUUUUGAAUAUGUUCUUGACGAACAGCAACCACGUACGAGGGCAGCGACGGGUAAUCCAAAUCAAGCCUAGAAUUGAUAGUCCAGGCUUCUGGAGGUUGUUGAGCCAGUGAAGUAGAAUUUAUGUUCAAGUAAAAGCUGUCAUCUAGUGCAGGUCAUCCAAGACCAACCCCUGACCCCAGUGUUUAACAAUAAUUAUUUUCGCAUUUUUCCCUGUCGCACUCCCCGUAUCAUUGUAGUCUUAUUGAAAACUACAAAAUUUAUUUUAACAACUCUAAUAAUCACAAUGGAACACUUCAGGGUAGAAUAGUAUCCAAUAAACAAGCGCAAUGUCGAUCAUGUAUUAACGGGGCGGUGAAGAAAUAAUUUCUUUCCAAUGUAUACUUACUUCAACGCGUAUCGUAUAACGACAAAGCACUAUGUACUUCUGCCAGCCUCAGUCGGCAGUCGGAAACCCCAUUAGAACAACCGGCAAAAAAGAACCCAUAACCAUGCAACAACAUGCUACAAAACGAGAAACAAUAAUUACCAUCUAGUGAGAUGCAUUUAGCGAGCUCAAUAUACUACUCAUUUAUUGCUGUUCGUUUCCCUUUUCCCCAAAAUACACACACACACUUGAAGAUGGAAUCUAUGCAAGCGAAGAGUAGGACAAACAUAAUAAUAUUGAGCUUUUUUGUGGAUUCGUGCAACAUGUGCCCGCGAGGAAAGGUAUCGGAGUGGCAAGCAGGAAAGAAAGACAGACAGUAAUGUACCCACCAACUAAUGAGUAAGAUAAUGUCGUACCGAGAAGCGUUCCGGAUAGAGGGUAAUGAAACUUUUAUAAAGUUUCCGUAGUGUAUAAGUUUGUGUAACGAUGGGUUGGUUUUUUUUAGUACAGUUUCCUACUAUCAAACCAUAUCGUGUUAGUAAGCAAUUCGGUUGUUUGUGGGGGUAAUGAGUCGAAGAACUUAAAGCAAUAGUUUAAUAUGAAUAAUUGUUUCGCUCAUAUUUUUUCUUAAGUUAGUAAUUUAUUAAAGGUCCAUGAUGAACAUUUUAUUUAAUUAAAUGGUGACCAAUGGUGUUACCCAAAAACCAGUAUGACCAAUUGUAUUCAGCUCAACGAAAUUUGGAAACGUUUGAAUGGAAGAGAAGCUAUUCACCUGAAAACAAUCAUAAAACGGAAUAAAAAGGGAACGAAUGAACAUUCAGAACAUGUGAAAAUGUGAAUAAGAAAGUAAAAAUGUAUCACUAUUUAAAAUAACAGUGCAAUAAUAGACCAGAAACGAAGAGUCCUUCGCAAUGACAGUAUUUAAGUAGAGUAGAUUGAUUACCAAUGCAAACCUGCAAGGAAGCUAAUAGAGAUUGCAUUAGAGCAAACAAAAACAAAUGAUCUAUUCAAAUCUUCUAUUCACAUCUAUUUCGUACACCCGUACAGAUGAUUGGCAUGUUCUUAAGCAGUUGUUCUAGAUAGAGUUAGUAUAGCGGAAUACCAUAGGGACGUGGAAACCAAACAUCCAAUUCACUUGGAAGUUUGUAGUCUGUGAACCGGAAAGGACUACAAGCGAGAGAAAUACAUUGAAUGAUAAAACAAUACUACUAUUUCCAACGUACUAAUUGGUGGUUGAACACGCGUUUUCCUGGUUGUUUCAUCUAAUUAGCUAGCUGGUUAGGUCCUUUUUCUAGGCGUCGUGUCCUUCAUCUACUACUCCACUAGUGUUAACGAGAUACGUUUUGUCGUUUACUUACCCGUGUCACGCGAACGGUUAAGCUCGAAAUCGAAAUGCAUAUUUAGGCGUAUUUUUGUAUCCCAGAUCUGCCACGAUUUUUUAUAGUUCUCUCUAAUAAACCAACUAGAUGGAAACAUUUAAACCACUAAUUCCACCAGGUGUCAGACAGCUGGAAGACGCGCUGAAGAGAAGAAGAAAGAAUGUUAUCAAAGUAUGAUUGUGCUGUAUCAGUGGCCGUAUAAAGUUGCCGUACCUAUUGAAACCCUAUUUAACCGUGCAUUGUGAAACCCGUUGUGAAGCCACGUAGAGCUCAGUAGUGACAGCAGCGAAACAGCGUUAGCUACAGUACCGGUGAAUGAUUCGCAAGCUUGAGUGUUUUGGAAAGAAAAAAAAAACCUGUAGAACGCUACCGAGACACCGAGUGAAGUGGAAGAUGUGUAAAAAUAGAUAGACAUAUCAUUUAAAACUUAACUAAAAGGCAACAGUGGAAUGGUGAACAAUAAAAUGGUAAAAAACACAGAGCAAAACACUAACGACAUACUAUUCCUAUGAAAACAUUUCUAAUCAAAAACCUAUGUGCACAUGUGAAGCGUUUGGUAUCAUCGAACGUUCGAAACGGGGGAAAACAAAACGAGCAGGUAAUGAUUGUGCGAAAAAAGGGAAAGGAAACAGAAAAAACAGAGCUGGUAAAUAUUAUGGCAGUUUAGAGGGAACUUUAGCGAAGGCGCUAGGCGCUCUCACCGUCAACUGGUACCGAUGGCACUCAAACGAAUGGAUGGAUGGAUGGUGGAAACGAUAGAUAAUAACUGUUGUAAAAAAAAAAAGAAAACAAGCAGUAAAAACCAACAAGUCAUAACUCGUAGGGCCAAGCAGAAACCAAGUAGACAUGGGAAAGCGGAGGGGAUAAUAAUGAUAAGCCGCAAACUGUAACUUGAAAUAUUAUCAAAUAAAAAUUCUUUAUUAUAAUUAUUAAA